AAGCACGCAUCGCGGGGAAAGUCGAAUUGCGGGGAUUUUCGCGAGCGAUCGGUAUGAUCGUCGUCGAUUGGUCCGAGCGCAUCGGCGGAUCACGACGCUAAUUGGGCGAUUAAGGGAGAACUCGGCUCACAUGAUCGGCUCAUCGAGUGAUUAGGACAUCGGCUGCUAUCGCCAAAGCCGAAUGCAAUCACCGUUCGUCACCGUCACACCACGUCGUUCACCAGGCAUGCUUUUCUCCUCGCGAUGCCCACUCCGGUGCCCCUACUCCGAUCGCCGUCGAGGUUCCACGGCGAGCCAGUCUCUCCCGCGCCUUUCUUCGCGCGGUCUCCGAUCCGCGUGUCAGUUCGAAAGCAACCGCGGACAAUAACUGACAACCGGUCAGCCGAUCCCGCGGUGGCGGCGGCGGUCUCUCCGAUAUCUUUCCGAUAUCCGCGUAAUAGCGCGAGUAGUGCGACGCGUGCUACUGCGCCAGUGUGAUCGGGUCCAGUGAUCGGGAAGCAACGAUUCCACUUGCCGGAUAAUAUCAGUGAUUUCGAUUAAUCUCAUUGAAAGCAUCAAGAGAAACGCAUUUUUUGUAUUAACGAUCCAAGAAAGUGAAUCUCGAAGACCCUCGGGACCGUUUGGUGCCGAGACGCAAAUGCGCGCGUGUUCCGAGAAUGAGCAGUGCGCGCGCAUUGUGCCAGCAAGGACCACGAGGAUCUCGCGCGAGUGCAGUGAAGAAGUGCAGUGUGCUGACGUAGCCGAGCAAACGGCGUCCGGGGUGUCGUGUUGAAUGAGAAUCGAGGAAUCGCAGACCUCGCGAGGAACGGGAACUCCAAAGAUGCGAAACGGCGGACAAGCGGCGCAGCAGACGGCGGUGAUGACGCCGCCGCACUUGAACGGUUCCGCGCAGUUUAUAUCGGGAGGCUACGUGACGGGAUACCUGCCGCGCCAAUCCUGGACUCAGUUCCAACCGUCGUCGCAGCAUCCGGCCAGGAGCGCCGGCAGGCCGCUGUCCCUGCCGCCGCCCCCGCCACCAUGCAGACGAGACAGUCAGAGACCAUGCAACGGCGGUCACUCGGCCAAGAAUACAUCCCUGCCGCACCCUAGACCGGCGCCGACCCAUAGGAGCACCACUCCCUCGAAGGUGGACCCCGAGCUGAUAUUCACGAAACAAGAACGAAUCGGGAAGGGUAGCUUCGGCGAAGUGUUCAAGGGCAUCGACAACCGAACCCAGCAGGUCGUGGCCAUCAAGAUCAUCGAUCUCGAGGAGGCGGAGGAUGAGAUCGAGGAUAUACAGCAGGAGAUUAUGGUGUUGUCGCAAUGCGACAGCCCAUACGUCACCAAAUAUUACGGGUCCUACCUCAAGGGUACGAAGCUAUGGAUCAUCAUGGAGUACCUGGGUGGCGGCUCGGCCCUGGACUUGAUGAAGGCCGGUAGCUUCGAGGAGAUGCACAUCGCCGUGAUAUUACGCGAGGUGCUCAAAGGGCUGGAUUAUCUGCACAGCGAGCGUAAGCUUCAUCGCGAUAUUAAAGCGGCAAACGUGUUGCUGAGCGAAAUGGGCGACGUCAAGUUGGCUGACUUCGGUGUGGCCGGCCAAUUGACGAAUACCACGAGCAAACGAAACACCUUCGUCGGCACGCCGUUCUGGAUGGCUCCCGAGGUCAUCAAACAGUCCGCUUAUGAUUCCAAGGCCGACAUUUGGUCCCUGGGCAUCACGGCGAUCGAGCUCGCAAAAGGGGAGCCUCCCAACAGCGAGCUGCAUCCCAUGAGAGUCCUCUUCCUGAUACCCAAGAACAAUCCGCCACAACUGACCGGGAAUUACACGAAACAAUUCAAGGAGUUCGUCGAGGCCUGCCUCAACAAAGACCCCGAAAACAGGCCGACGGCGAAGGAGCUGUUAAAAUUCCAGUUUAUCAGAAAAGCGAAGAAGAACUCGUAUCUAAUCGACCUGAUCGACAGGUACAAAAAGUGGAAGUCGCAGCGCAGCGAGGAGUCUGAGACCGAGAGUGAGAAUUCGGACUCGGAGGAAUCCAAACAAGACAGCGACAUGGACGAGCCGUGGAUAAUGACAGUGAAAGGCCCGCAUGGGAUUAAAGGAUCCGUGGUGCCUAUGCUGCCACUGGACGAGCAGCCGGCGUCCUUGACCCUAACACACACGAAUCACAGGUCCUCCAAUCACAGUCAACCGGGGAAACCGCAUGCGAACGGUGCAUCGCGAUCGCCGCCGAAGGAAUCGACGCUUAAUCAUUAUAGAAGCGAGUCCAGGGACUCGUUGCGCGAUGGUCAAGCGAAGCACACGCCGUCCCGACCACACGAGGCAGCGCCGCCGCCGCCGGUGGACACGAGAGAGAAGCGAGACGAGCGGGACUAUCGCGACUCCAGCCGAGAGUCCACGCUUAGAGAGCCGAAGGAGAUGCGCGACAGAGACAGAGAAGUCAUCAGGGAGCGGGAACGCGAUAGAGAAAUUAGAGACCGAGACAGGGUCAGCAGGGAAUUCAACACGCGGGAGAAGAGGAGAAAUAGCAAGCCGGAGGUGCCUGUGGUUCCGAUGGCCGAUCAUAGACCCGGCGAGGACAAACAGAGGCCCAGGAGCUCGCAGGAACUCAAGCAUCCCCGCAUCAGCAUCGCGUUAUCUGGCGUUGUCCUGCCUCUCCUUUCCGAGCUUCAACGAAAGCACCAAUAUUCGGUGAGAGACAAUAAUGGCGAGGGCGGCAGCGGUGGCAAAAAUGGCGGUGCUGUAGAGGAGCUGCGAAGCGCCUUCGAGUUGGCGGAGCGCACGUCGCCAGGCAUGACCGAAUCCCUUAUCCGCGAGGUGAUCAAAUCUCUACUUCCGCCCAAUCACUCGGAAGGACGGCUGUCCAUGCUGAUGGAGAAGGUUACCCUGAGGGAUACGUAGGGACGCGAGAGAACAAGGGGCCGCAAGAGGCUGUGGUCCCAGAACAUCCUGACGUUGUAAAACUAUUUCAGUCACUUCUCUCGAUUGUCAACUCGCUGAUCAGCACGAGCCGAGCACGAGAUGAAUCGUCGAUUCGAGUGGCGAUCCCGAACGUGAACGCGAAGGCGCGAGGAGAACGCGUUCGUCGUCCUCCCAUCCUCCUAUCCCUCUCCCGUUCUUCCUCACCACCACCAACGCUGAUCUACAACGAAGUCUAAUCGAAGUUUUGCGAGGUAGCGCAUCGAACCGCCCCGUCUCCACCUGCCUGCCUUGUCGAUAGGAUAGAUAAAAACACGCGUAGACGACGACGACGACGACAGAGACACGCGAAACGUGCCAGUAUUCUUGCAGUUCCUACUCCAAUUGUCAUCGAUCCUUUCCGGAACUUUUCUAUUGAACUGUCCUACAUUGUAUUUACACGUUUCUUCGGUUAUCGGCCGACAGUGCGUAUCAACCGCGAAUCGAUUCGUUAUUGUCAUGGGACUGCUUUGUUCUUCAACUUUUCCUCGGCUCUCUAAUUUUAAAUGCCUGUGACGCUGCAAGCUCUUUAAGAAUAAGGAAGACGCGAAAUAAUAUUUUAUAUUAAUGAAACAUUUUAUUCGAAUGGAGAUUUUAUUUUUGUCGUCUUUUAAAAGUAUGUAUUUCUUCGAUUUAUUUGCAAAAUAAGAACUGUCGGCCGAUUUCUCUACAACCUUAGAUGGUGAAACUUCUUCAUUGCCGGUAGAUUAACUGCAGAGAGAAUGUAGAGGAUAUAUUCGAUUUAAUAGCCCCGAGUCUUGUGUUGUCUCGACGUAAAAGGCAACGCUCCAGCGAUCUUAUGGCAAUCAAUUACGAGUAGAGAAAGGCGGGAGAUAGACGCCAGCGCGUUUGCGAGGAGUUUGAAUCGAAAUCUUCGUUGCGUAGUAACUUAAUGAGAAUCUUUUAGAACUUUCCUCAUGUUCGGCGUGUGAACAUCGAUCUGGCGCUACGAAAAUCGUACGGGCUCGGCGAAGCGGAUAAGACGAAAAGAGUACUCGAUUACUUUGGUCUUGCCUCACGUGUAGAUACGUCCGCGGUAUGCACUGUCGAGUGUAGGUAGACGUGAUCUACGUGGGGAGUGUGUUUCUCCAAGCUUCUGCGGAGCCUCGAGAGCGGCGCUUUCGCGAUUAUCUUUUACAGACGACGUUAUUUAUUUAAUCGCGCGUCCACGUGUGAGAGACGGUUCUGUAGCAGCCGAGCGAGAGCGGAAGAGUGUGUUCUCCGAGUAGAUUCCUUCCCGUUGCUUCCUAACGUUAGUGCACGUUUCGGACGCGAAUGCAGCAGGUUUAAGAAGAAGAGGGCCACCAGCGCGCAACGCUGUGGGCACUGUAAAUAUGUAUGUAGCGCGAUAAGAUAGUCUUAUUGUUCAGAUCGACGUCUUUGCCAAUCGGUCGCACAGCUCCGUUUGAACGAUCUUGUUACCCAUGGAAGGAGAAAAAAAGAUUUCCAUCCCCCAUCCUACGCUCACAUCGUUCGCCAUCGAGAAGAAUGAAAUAGACGUAAGAGCUCCGUACGCGAUCGCCGCCGUUACGAAUCUUAUCACGAGCUUUUAUCGUUUCGUCGGUGUAGUUUCCGCUUGUCACGCGAGCAAUCGCGGAUUAAAAGAAAAAUAAGCCGUUACAGUGUUUCGCAGCAGCCGUACGCGAUGUAUAGUGACGUUCAAACUGUGUGUAAUUAAUUUCUAGUUGUUCGAAUCCCACUCUCUUGGAAAAAAAAAAUAUGUCGUCGGGAGAAGCAGCGCUACCUUAGAACUGUCUGUCGUCUCCAGUAUACAGCAGCCACGAGAGACAUCAUGGUCUUUCCGCAUCGCGCCUUAAAAUAUCACGUCAUUGACUUAGAGUUACCGAUUACGAAGUUGUAACGAAGUUCGUCCGCUCCCCGUUGUAACGCGUCCACGUUGAGUCCCGUUCGCGUAGUUAUCUUUGCCGAAUUUCGCCAAGCGUAGCGAUAUAUCACGAAUUUCAUGUAGCUUGCAAGAGAGAGGAAGAGAAGCGUAAGAGCGCAAGAGAGCUCAUCGGGACAAAAGCGCCUUUUAUAUAAAGUUUUAUUCGACGUUCGCGAUGUGACGCGGAAUGAUUCGCGGAUAAUCUCGAUCCGCGAGGAACCGAUCUGGGUACACAAGGCCGUGCGAGAACGUUCUUUCGAGCGAACUCUAAGCGCGCCGCGCAUCUGAGCAGCAAUGGACCGACUGAGCGCAUCGACGCGAGGAAUUUGAGUACUGCCGUUCUUCCAAAUCUCUAUUAUGCGCGUGUCCCUCUCCCGUACUCCUCUCGUCCGUGUUCCUUCCUUUUCUGCUUUUUCUUUUAUCUCUACGAUCGAGUCUGAGCUGCGAUGACUCCCGCGCAGGGCGUCGACAACUUAAUCCAGACGUUGUUUUUGUAAACUAUAAUGUAUUUUAUAAAAUAUAAUAUAUGUAUAUAUAUAUAUAUAUACAUAUAUAUACAUAUAUUCGAUAUAUAUAUACAUACAUAUAUAUCGAAAGAGAGAAAAGAAAAUUCCAUACACACACAUACACGCGCGCGCGCGCGCGUAAGGAUAGAGAAGCGUCGUAAGGGAUGCCAUGUUUCUAUACGGGGUAGUCAGAGAAAAGUGUUGCGUGCGAGGGCGUGCGAUUCGACACGGGGAAUAUGAAGACUAUCCCGCAGAAGGGUAUGCGAAAGAGUGAUAGAGCAAGAGUGAGAAAGGACAGGGACAAAAUAAUCUCGCGAGUCCCCGCGAAGGGGAUACGUCAAUUAACGAGAAUCAAGAAGCGAGAAUGGCAAAGGGACUUAAUUACGUUACCGGGAACGACUGUCGCGCUAAUUUGCGAAUUGAUUUGUCCCUCUUUCUCUCUCUUGAUUGCGCUUGAUUUGAACUGCUAACGAUUAUGCUCGAUAACAGUGGCGGAAAAGAAAUAGCGACGACGGCUGGGGGGAGAACAUCAGAAAUCUCUGCUCUACCACGCCUUUUCUCUGUCCCCGCUUUCUAUUUUCCUGCCGCCCGCCUAGACGAGGAGCAAGUCAAUACGCGACAUGUAGCGAUUCUACGUUUAGUUGAGUUACGUUAGUUAUUCAUUACGUUCUGUAUUGUUAAUGCGGUCGCCCCACGUGUCGACUGAUCAAACGAUUUGCUCAGUUUCCCGCAUUACGUCAUGAUUGACAAAGAGAAGUCCGUCUCGCGUCGAUCGAAGGAAUCGUUUGACGAGGCUCGACACGGGGUUCGACUCCCAUGAACUAUCGUCUUAUUGUCGACUUAAGUUUUCUUUCUCUUUCCUCUUUUAAUUUCUGCGCCGAUCGCUACCCCCCGAGCAAGCCUCAUAACGCUGCCAUAAAUGCUUACACGUCACCGUCGCGACGCAAAUGGCGUCUCUUUAUCGAAUUCGACUGAGAGAGGGAAAGAGGGAGGACUCACGGCUGUGUAAGCGGUAUAUGUUGUUAAAGAAAAUUAUCGGGCUGCCGGCGGGAGUAGCGAUCGAUUUUACGUUCGGUAAUGAUCAUUCGUUUCGUCGGAAAUAUUUUCCUUUCCGAUCGGCCGUCCACGGGCGACGGUCGGAGUUGUAUAUUGCAGACUGUAUGUACCACGAGACUAUUGUCUAAGAGUAUCAAUCCGCCAGCGAUAAGAUUGAACGAGACCAUGCGUCGCGAUCUCAAAGCGGGAAACUGUCGCUUGCGCAGAUCUCUCUUUACGUUCUACACGAUUCGUCAAUUUUCCACGCGAGUUCGCGCAGGAUCGGGGCGCAAGAUCCGACCUCCACGUUCAGCUUCUCGGCUCCGACGAGUUCAGCGUUGUCGCCGGCGGGAUAUUUUUCACCUCACCGCUCCCGGGAGUUCGUACAAGCGUGUCGGCAAUGGGAUCGGCUUUCAUUUACUUCGCCGGGAUGGGUGAGGCAUGUGGUUCGUUACUUUUCUGUUCUUUUUUUUCCUCUGAUCGUCCAAUCGGCCGAAGAAGUUUCAGCUGCGCUUUAGCCGGGCGGACCAUCGCUCGGAGUGCGACGAGAUACGGGAAAUCAACAAGGACAUGAUCAGAUGAUCGUUCGGAGAUGGAUUUCACGGAGGGAGCUUUUCCGCAAGUUCGCGGUCGUAUUUUUUUACGCCAUACUCGACGCCACGGCUUGGGAAAGACUCGUGCUUUUGUCGGGCACGUCUCGCACGUUAGCAUGUGCUCGUAUAAAUCAUUUUUCUGUUUUUUUUUCGCGCGCGUGCAGGUGAUCAAGAACGAACGCAGCCGCGCGCCGUGAAUUUCCGGUUUUCAUCGUUCGCUGUUUGUCUCUUUGGUUGACACGUUCAUACGCACCGAGCGAAAUGUGAUUGUUUUCUUUCGAUUGAUCGGGAUCACGGUCAGAGAGACGAGGAGAAGCCGCUCGCGAUCCGCGAACCGCACCACGUUCAAUCCGAAUUACGUGUCCUUUUACCGUAUCCACAGCGCACUCUCUUCUUUGUAUUAUACUCUAGCUCUACUAUCCAUCUAAUAUAUUCAACGUUAUAAAACGCAUCGCGUGGUAACAAUAAUAUCUCUCUCGGCGUAGAGUAUACAUAUAUAAAUAUAUAUAUAUAAAUAUAAUAUAAAUAUAUAUAUAUUUUUUGUAUUUUACUUCUACCUUGGCUGCGUUGGACUGUAUAUAUUGAUUGUAUGUGGCAUGCUGAGGGCGUGUACAAAUACGAAAAUAAAGAUUAAAUAAACGACGAA